AGAUAAACUACGUGGAUGUGUCUCUCCUGGCCCUUCUUUCCCCCUUACUAACUGGUGUUGCCUAUUCUUUCCAGGGAUCCAGUUUCGUCUCCCUUCUUCCUGCAGUGUGGACCGAGCCGAUCCACCUCCAGUGGUGACGCACAUGCCUAGCUAUAUGUCGAAGACGCCCCCGCCGGCACCACCUCGCGCCACCUCCAAGCCCCUCAUCUCCGUGACGGCCCAGAGCAGCACAGACUCCACUCAGGACGCCUACCACGAGGGGAGGGACCCGCGGGGGAGUGUACUGUGGGCGCCGGACUGUCUGGGCGGCUCGGGUCAAACCCUCUACAACUCCACCGACAGCCUGGACAGCACCAAUGUGGUGACGCUGGCCAUGGAGACGGCAGGGAGCAAGCGGCACGCCUCCUCGGGCAGCCACAGCUCGGUGCAGACGUGUGACAAGGCGGUGUUGGUGUCCAAGGCUGAGGAAUACCUGAAAACGCCACGUUCCUCCAUAGGGAUACAGGUGGAGACGGCGACGGACUCGGAGUCGGAGGGUAAAUGUCUUCCUCAGUACCAUUCUGUUGGCACCCAGGUGGAGGAUAACAAACGGCAUGGCAGGUUCAAGCGCUCCAACAGUGUGACGACAGCCGUACAAGCUGACAUGGAACUAGAGGGCUUCCCCACCAUGGAGGACAAGGGACUGCAGUUUGGAGGGGGCUUGGGUUUCCGAGGGGGCCACUCGGAGCCCAGUACACCCACCCAGUACGGGGCCGUCCGCACCGUCCGCACCCAGGGCCUCUUCAGCUACCGGGAGGACUACCAGCGUUCCUCCAGCGGUCCACCCAGUCCGCAGCCCGAGUCGUGGCUGACAGAGCCCUCUCUGGAGGGGGCUGAGACGGGCCGAGUGUCCCCCCUCCGCAGGGACGGCAGCUGGUUCAUGCAGCUACUCCAUAAUGAAACUAAGAGGAUGGAGGGAUGGUGUAAAGACAUGGAGAGAGAGGCGGAGGAGCAUGACCUGUUGGAGGAGAUCCUAGGGAAAAUCCGGAGUGCGGUGGGCAGUGCACAACUCCUCAUGUCUCAAAAAUUCCAGCAGUUCUACUGGCUGUGUCAACAGAACCUGGACCCCAGCGCCAUGCCCCGCCCCACCUCUCAGGACCUGGCCGGAUUCUGGGACUUGCUGCAGCUCUCAAUUGACGACGUCACUGCCAAAUUUAAUGAAUUACAGCAGAUCAAGAGCAAUGAGUGGAGGCUCGUGGAGAGCCCAGAGAAGAAGACGCCAUUACAGGAGAGGAAGUGGCCUCCCCCGCUGCCAAAGAGACCUCCGAAGGGGCGUGGUGGCGUGGUGCGGGAGCGCUCUCUGGACCUGCAGGACCGCCAGCGUCAGGAGGCCCGGCGCCGUCUUCUGGCUGCCAAGCGGGCGGCUUCCUUCAGACAGAACUCAGCCACGGAGCGGGCGGACAGCAUCGAGAUCUACAUCCCCGAGGCCCAGACACGUCUUUGAGGUUCGAGGAUUUACCCCCCCUACCCCUGUUUUGCCCAUAUCCGCCCCCAUACCUCAGCCCCAGCCAGUGGGUGUAACCCAGACCCCUUCCUCUCUCCUUCUUAUCUGUGCAAAUGUCUCUCACUCCACACGUUUUUUUCUCCACCUGUUGCCAUUCUUCUGGUGUCCUCUCCCCUUUAAGAUGGAGGGAAUAUUCCCCACUCCACUACAAUGAGCUGCUAGUACACCCUCCCCUUUAACCGAACUGAUCCACCAUCACAAUUAUAUUUGGGUAAAUACAAGCAAAUAAAUUAUUUUCUAUACUGUAACCAAUGUUGUUGUUGGAAAUGUACUUCCCCCUAAGAGCUUUUGCAUUGCCAUCAUGUAUUAUUAUAAGCCUCUGGGUAAAGUUAAGGGGGAUGUCAGUAUUUUUCCACAGUGUUCAAAGGGAAUCACAAAGUGCAACUUUUUUAUGGAGAAUCUCACCAGCAACAGUGGUCUUGGGCUAAAACACCCUGUGUGGAGACUACUGCAUCCCAGUGGUAGCACAGAGGUGGUGAUGACUCACUGUCAAGACAGAUGUCUGAAAAUCUCUCCCCAUGUUGGUGGGUUGACAGCAUAAGUGGGGGGGGGGUAUAUCAUGUGAUUGAUCAACACCUGCUAUUGAAAUACCUCAGUCUUGCAGGUAAACACCAUAGACAUAUAAUUCUAAUCUAAGUCUAUUCUAUUUCUAUGGUAAAGACAGAGAAGUCAUCAUAUCUGAAAUGGUUGCACUCGCACAGCAUGCUGGGUGGGUAUAGUAAUUAUUUUGUUAUUCUAGGGACGUACUCACACAACUUUUUACCAUGCUAGCUACUGCAGCCCCUGACUAACGUCACCCCACUACCAGACUAUCUGCAGCCACUGACUAACAUCACACCACUUUAUACCAGGCUAGCUACUGCAGCCCCUGACUAACGUCACCCCACUACCAGACUAUCUGCAGCCACUGACUAACAUCACACCACUUUAUACCAGGCUAGCUACUGCAGCCACUGACAAAUGUUACCAGGCUAGCUACUGCAGCCACUGACAAAUGUUACCAGGCUAGCUACUGCAGCCACUGACUAACGUCAGACCACUUUUUACCAGGCUAGCUGCCUCAGCCACCGACUAAUGUUACCAGGCUAGCUACUGCAGCUACUGACUAAUGUUACCAGGCUAGCUGCCUCAGCCACUGACUAAUGUUACCAGGCUAACUGCCUCAGCCACUGACUAAUGUUACCAGGCUAGCUGCCUCAGCCACUGACUAAUGUUACCAGGCUAGCUGCCUCAGCCACUGACUAAUGUUACCAGGCUAGCUACUGCAGCCACUGACUAAUGUUACCAGGCUAGCUACUGCAGCUACUGACUAAUGUUACCAGGCUAGCUGCCUCAGCCACUGACUAAUGUUACCAGGCUAGCUGCCUCAGCCACUGACUAAUGUUACCAGGCUAGCCGCCUCAGCAACUGACUAAUGUUACCAGGCUAGCUGCCUCAGCCACUGACUAAUGUUACCAGGCUAGCUGCCUCAGCCACUGACUAAUGUUACCAGGCUAGCUGCCUCAGCAACUGACUAAUGUUACCAGGCUAGCUGCCUCAGCCACUGACUAAUGUUACCAGGCUAGCUGCCUCAGCCACUGACUAAUGUUACCAGGCUAGCUGCCUCAGCCACUGACUAAUGUUGCUGAGAAAUGGGAUGUGAAAAAUACAUGCAGUAUUACAUUAGGGCUGCAUUGAUGCAUUUUCACUUCUGAUAAUGGCAUUGAUGUAAGGCUGAAACAUGCUUAUGAUAUGGGUGGUACAGUACAUUUAUUCCUCUGAUACAUGUUUCCAUUGCAACACUAUUGUAAAUCAUUUAAAGGAAACAAAUGUUUCUAAUUCUGGAAGAAAAAAAAUGUACUAUAUGAUACAAUGCAUUUUUGCACCUUAUAUGUACUAUUCAUGUUUGUAUUUCCAAGGGAAAUGUAGUUCAUGAUGCUCACUUGCUAUUGUUGCAGUUUAUUUGCAAGGACAGAUGUGGGAUAUUUUCUACUGAAUAGGACUAUUAGGUUAUUCUAUAGUCCACUUUGAGUUGUGUGUUUAGCCCCAUAAUGACAUUCUGGCAUUCAAGCCUCUGGUGUCAAGUACGAUUGAUUGUAAUGAUAAAUCAUGUAAUCUAUCACACCCACAUAUAUAUUAGAUUGAACUCGAUAUUCUCAUAGUAGAUGGUGUGAAAAAGUGAGUAUCUAUCGGGUGUAGAGAACAGUGGCCUAACAGUCCUACCUAUUAGGGACCACAUCACAGCCAUAUCAUCCCAUCUGGCACACAACAAUCAAGUACAGAUGUAGUGUGGGACAGACAGGUGCAAAUGACACUUUAACACUAUCUAGUUACUAGUAAAUGGUGCUGUUUUUUACUCUGAAACGGUUGUUAUUUACCCUGUCCUACACACACAGCUACUUUUUAACAUAUUUACUAAAUGGUGCCCAUAGCAUCUGGAAUUAAAGAUGGUUGCUAUUGACUUGCGAAAACACCAUCUUUGCAAAUAGUCUAUUUGCAGUGUUAAUUUUUGCUUAGCAGUUGUUUAUUGAAGAGGCAGAGAAAAUACAUAUUAAUGAGGAAUUUCCAGUCCAUCUCUGGACAGCAGAAAAUAGGGUUUCUGUCAUGGCAGGGAGUGUGUUUGUGUGUGUGUGUGUGUGUGUGUGUGUGUGUGUGUGUGUGUGUGUGUGUGUGUGUGUGUGUGUGUGUGU